GCGCUUUUUUUCCAUAUCCCCAUGCAUGCAAUGUUAGAUUAAACAACAAAGCGUCAUCCCAUCCCCAGGAACGUCAACAUCGCGAUUGGACUGUCACAAACCCUCCACAAACGCAUCUAUGCUUCUUGUCUUGGAACAAAUUUCCAUCUCGUGUUCGAAACAAACGAAAACUCGAGGUGGGAAAAAAAAAUAUCCUCAAUUGAGCACGGAAAAAAAGACGAUCUCGGGCCACUUACUGUUGCAUCCGGUCCCUCACACUAAGACAUGUUGAGUCCCGAGCCCGCGCGCCAAUGCGGCAAAUGAGGGGUUUACUUGGUACUUGGGCUUUCGUGAUUCCACUAUUCAUGUUUUCUUUUUCUCUACGAGUUAAAAACAAUCUCCGGGACAAGCUGUUGUCUUUUUUUUUGGCUUUCUUUUGAUCGUGUUAUCUUGUUUGUCCGAUUUCUUUUCCGCCGUUGAUCCGUGAUAUCGUAAUGCCUCGUCAGUUUUCCUCAUUACCGGUCUUGACCUGAUUCGUGACCAGAAGUUGGAAAGGGACAAGCAAAAAGAAAAUAAAGCACAAAAAAAUCACCAACGGGAUGUCGUUCCCGAGGAACAUGUGGCUGCUGUUUCUGCUCGUGGGGGCGACACUUGGUCAAGCAGCCACCGCCUCGGACUUUGCGGCCAAGUGCCAGUCGUUUCAGCCGGAACGCCUCGUGAAAAACUCGACGCGCACAAGAUUGGAAUACGUCGCAAAUGGAACGACCCUUCGACUAGACGACAACGUGCCCUCUUGCGGCCGGGCCAGUCAGGUCGUCAAUGCAAAUAUCUGUCGCGUCGCGCUCCAGAUUCCCACGAGCAACCGCUCGAGUCUGAGUUUCGAGCUCUGGCUUCCGGAGAAGUGGGACGAGAAGCGCUACGUCGCGACGGGCAAUGGCGGUGUCGAUGGCUGCAUCAAGUACGAAGACAUCGCCUAUGGAGUCAAGAAUGGCUUCGCUGCCAUGGGCACAAACAACGGCCACAAUGGGACCACAGGUGUAGAUUUUCUCAACAACGAGGACGUUGUGGUCGACUUCUCAUACCGGGCUCUCCACACAGGCACUGUUUCCGCCAAGACCCUCAUCCAGGAGUUCUACAACUCCUCGCCCGCAAAGUCGUACUACAUCGGCUGCUCACUGGGCGGAAGGCAAGGAAUCAGCGCGGCAGAGCGCUUCCCAGAAGACUACGAUGGGAUCCUCGCCGGCGCCCCAGCCGUAGACUUCAACCACCUGUACUCCCUGCGUGCGCGCAUGUUCACCGUCACAGGCUCCUCGGGCUCUCCCAACUACAUCCCCACCACGACCUGGAGCGGCCUGAUCCACAACGAAGUCCUCUCGCAGUGCGACACCCUAGAUGGCGUCGCCGACGGCAUCAUCGAGAUCGCAAACAAGUGCAACUUUGACCCGACCACGCUCCUCUGCAAACCCGACCAGGCCGACCAGGCCGGCACGGCCUGCCUCUCCGCGGCGCAGAUCUCCCAGGUCCAGACCGUCUACGCCCCGUACACCUACGCCAACGGGACCCUGAUCUGGCCCAGGAUGAACCCCGGCGCCGAGAUCCUCGCCUCUGCGGGCCUGCUCGCAGGCCAGCCCUUCUCUCCCUCGGUCGAGUGGUUCCGGUACGCGGUGCUCUCGGACCCGAACUGGGACCCAGCCACCUACGACCUAGCCGACGCCGAAGUCGCCGAGACGGCCAAUCCGGGCGGGAUCAGGACGUUCCCCGAGUCUCUGCCGGCGUUCAAGGCCCGCGGCGGCCGCAUCGUGACGUACCAUGGUGAGCAGGACCAGCAGAUCUGGUCCACCAACUCGGAGCGUUUCUACGAGCGCCUGGCCGCUGCCGAUAGAGGGUUGGACUCGUACCUGCGCUUCUUUCGCAUCUCGGGCAUGAAUCACUGCGCGAGCGGUCCCGGCGCUUGGAUGUUUGGCCAGGGGGGCUCGUCCUCCGUGAUCCCGUUUGAGCCGGAGAGGAAUGCGUUUGCUGCUCUGGUGGCAUGGGUCGAGAAGGGCCAGGCUCCAGAGACCAUCACGGGAACAAAAUUUGUUAAUGACAGUGUGGAUCAGGGGAUUGAUUUCCAAAGGAGCCACUGCCGCUAUCCCCUCGAACAGACCUACAUGGCUGGACCGUCCAAACAACCAGCGAGCUGGCAGUGUCUGCCAUCGAGCAAGUCUCCCAGUGAAAUAUAGAUAAAUUGCUCUGUUGAACUCUAGGAUUUCACAUGCCAGCUAACGUCACGCGCGUUGAAGGUUGCCAAAAUCGACACAAUUUACUCGUGAUGUGGACAUAGACAUACCAAGGGACUGCGGGACUAUUUCAAAGUACUAAGAAUAUCAAAAUAUCUUGUACAUAAUCUGCACUUGUGAAUGGCUCCCUCCAGG